AUGUCGGAACCGACUGUAAAAUUACGAGCCGCUCCAAAAAAGUAUCGUUCCAAAGUGUGGGAAUACUUUGGAUUCAGAGAUGGAACGUCAGACGAAGAUAAUAAGCCGACGUGCAAAGUUUGCUACGCAGAUAUUCUGUGUAAAUCUGGGAACACGACUAAUAUGUCCAAUCACUUAAAACGAAAACACGGUAUUGACAUUUCGUCUGCUUCGAGCGCAACCUCCGGUCCGCAAUCUACCCCGGUAGGCAAACCAUCAGCAAAUAAGUCAUCCAAUGCUAAAAUACCAGACAUGUUUAACAUGAAACAAAAGCUAUCUACUUCAAAUGACCGCCACAAAGCACUGACUCAGGCAACGGCAGCAUUCAUAGCUAUGGACAUGAGACCUUUUAGCGUAGUUGAAAAUAAGGGUUUUCAAUACCUCAUGAAGAUUGCUGAGCCACGCUAUUGCCUCCCUAGCCGGACUCAUUUUGCCAACACUGUACUCCCAGGUAUAAAUAGUAGGGUAAAGAAUAGGGUAAUGAAUGAGCUUAGAUGCUGUGAAUCAUUAGCAAUCACAACUGAUUCUUGGACGUCAAGGGCAACUGUGAAUUACUUGACUGUAACAGCUCACACAAUCAGCACUGACUGGGAAAUUUCUAGCUAUACUUUGGAGACUCAGGCAUUCUCAGAAUCCCACACAGCAGAGAAUCUGUCACUUUCUCUGGUUGACACUGUAAAACGUUGGAAUUUGGAGCGUCAUGGAAAAGGACCCACAGUUACAACGGAUAAUGCAAUGAACAUUGUCAAAGCUGUGAGGUUGUCAGAGCUGAAGCACAUUCCUUGUUUUGCCCAUACUCUCAAUUUGGCAACACAGAAAGGGCUUGGAAUCAAAGAGAUGGACCGUUUGUUAGGAAGAGUUCGGCGAAUAGUUGGGCUAUUUCAUCGCAGUACAACAGCAGCCGCAGUUCUGAGGUCAUUGCAGUCUCAACUUGGUUUACCUACGCACAAACUUCUCAUGGACGUUGCAACUAGAUGGAAUUCUAGCUUCCAUAUGAUUGAGCGGUAUCUAGAGCAGCAGGCAGCCAUCUUUGCCACUUUACUGCACAAAGAUGUCAAGAAAAACAUUGCAGAUGUAGUCACUCUGUCGGAUACAGACAAUCAAAAUCUCGAAGCAGCAUUAAAAAUCCUUGGACCAAUCAACACGGCUACAAAUCUGCUAUGUUCAGACAGCAGCCCAACUGUAUCACUGAUACAUCCCAUGAAAGAGAUGCUUUUGGUCCAAAUGAAGAUUAUGCCAGGAGACAAUGCUUUCGUCAAAGCCGUCAAAGAUGCCAUUGUGAAAAAUCUCCUGCCAAGGUACACAGAGCCAGAUCUACUUGACAUGCUGCAUGUAGCUGCUGCCCUAGAUCCUAGGUUCAAAUCUCUGCCAUACAUUUCGGAAGGAGACAGACAUGACAUCUCCAAGUCUAUGAGCAAAAAGGCAAUAGCCAUUGCUAGUAUGCAGAGUGAUGUGAAAGUCAAAGAUGAGCCAAGCAGUCCAGAGGACAGUUCAACUGGGACAGCUGUAAUGCCUGCCUUACCAGCUCUUGAAGAACUACGACGCCAACCCCUUGAUCAGCCAGAAGAACCUGAAGAAGAACCAGCUAUGAAGAAGCCCAGAUUGUCACCGGAGCUAAAGCCCAGAUUGUCACCAGAGCCAAAUUCCUCUGAAAAUGCUCUAGAGAGUUUGUUUGGUGAUGUGUUUGUCACAUGUGUUGAGCCUGCAAAAUCUCUAGACCAGAGGGUUGACAGUGAAAUUGCAGACUAUGAGAAGGAGCCUGUGGUAUCCUUAAAGUCAGAUCCACUCCAGUGGUGGAAAGAGAGAGCUGGUCACUAUCCUAUCCUCUCCAAGCUCGCCAGCAGCUAUUUGGUCAUCCCAGCAACAUCUGUUGCUAGUGAACGGGUUUUCUCAACUGCUGGGGACAUUGUGAAUGCACAGAGGGGCACACUGAGCAGUGACAAAAAAAAUCUUAAGAUUUCUGACCUAAAUGAAUAA